CAAUUCUGGAGGUCAAUGUGCGAGUACAUGCAAUUGCAACAGUAAUUCAACAACUGGGUCAUCUUCUACAACAGUUGAAGAAAUGGGAACAGUAGAAACAAGCACAGAUGGACUAUCAAGAGGAGUUCCUAUGAUUGAACUUGUCCCAGAUAUUUUUCGCGAGUCCAAAACGAAGAAUAAUACUAGUAUCCUAUCUUCAGUUGCAAAAAAUAAUGGAAAUAUAUCAAAAAAAGAUAAUUCAACAGAAUUUCCAUUUGACUUUGAAGAAAACACUAUGGCUAUAAAGAAACCUCUCCUUCCUCAAACAUUUCUUGGUGUCAACAUCACCAAGCAAUCCAAUGCAGAAUCAGUUUUAGAGACUCCCUCAACACAUGAAACUACGACAAAUCCAUCCGUCAUUGGAAAAAGCAAUUUCAAUGACCAUAACAAGGGUUUCUUUAUUCCUGUAGAAAUAAAAUACGAUCAGAUGGAAAAUUUCCAGAGCCAAACCAAAUUCAUUCAUACAACUCCAUAUGAAUCCAAUGAAGAUCAUCUUUCGGGCCAAAAAGUAGGAUUCACAAAAAGGCAUACUUCCCCUCAUACAUCGUCUCCAUUUGAUUUGUUGACACUUGUUGGAAUUGGUGGUUCUAUUGCAGUCAUUUUGAUUGUCGCUUUAAUGACUAUCAACUUUAUGAGGAGAAGAAUGAGGAAUAACAAGGGCACAGCUGCAGUUUCUUUCAUAGCCACUAGUAUUUUUCAUCAACCCUUACCAGAUACACCAACUACAGAAAAUCCGCUGUAUUUGACUCCAAUUCGAUAUCACACCGAAGUAAUAGAGACACCACCAUUUGAAACUCGAAUUUUGUAUAACUUGAAGAUGCCAAAUCGUCCCAUGAGCGAUUGCCGGGAGUACAUGUACGACCAUCCACCUUCAACUGGAAGCUAUAGAGCUGCUUCUGUGAUUGAACCAAGUGAAGUAGCUAGAUCAACGUUUUCCGAAGAACCUAUCUAUGAUGAAAUUAAAUAUCGAGAAGAUAUCGGGCACAUUUACGAAGAGGAGUAUCAGAACCCGAAACCGUUGUCUAUUUAUAUCAACACUAUGGAAAGAACAAAACUUUGAUAAAAAAUAAUGUAAACAAAUCUGUUUUAUUUUUA